AUGGGCCGCCGCCGGGGCCCGGAGUCCCCGCGCUGCCGCCUUACGCCCCCUCGGCCCCCGCGCGCCGCUCGCGCCCUCCGCGCGCCCGGGACCAGCAGCCGCGGCGCGGCCCGCACAGCCGGAACCGCCGCCCGCCCCGGAACUGCUCGGGUGUCCCGCCCCUCACCCGGAAGCGAAGCCGCGGCGCUGGCGGGGCCGGCUCCGAGUUCCCGGCCGCAGCGAGCGAAACGUAUCCACCGGGCUCUGCGCCUCUGCUUGGCCGCCCGCCUCGCUGCCCGGGUUCCGAGCCCGACCGGGCUGAGGGCCCUGUCCCGUUCCCGGUCUCUUCGGCAGGCAACGCCGCCUUUUGGCUGUAUUGCCAAUAAUAAUAAUAAUGUUACCGUUGUUAAGGAUCGUGUUUUGGUCACCAAAUGCGCCUCAGCCCUUAGCCUUUCAAAGGGGGACUGGAUUCGGGCUGCAGCCUCAAGUCCGGGCGUCGCCGCCGCAGCGCCCCCUGGCGUCCCUCCUCGGGGUAGCGCCCUCAGUGGUAGCCCUGCAGUGCGCUGUCUCCUCCAGGGUUCCCAGCAGUUGGGCGUUGGACGGAUUCUAGCCUCGGUUAGGGUAGGAUGGGGAGGGGCUCCUGAGCGGCCUGCUCUCCCGGGGUUAUGGAGGAGGGCUUCUACAAACGCGGAAAAGGGGUCUGCUUUUAGAACCUGUGACUGUGGUCUAGGUGAAGCACUAAAAGAAAUCUCCCUCUUUUUCUUAGAAAGACAAAUCAACCUUAAGGUCAAGCCUUCUGUACACAACUUGAGCAAAACUCAGCAGACCAAUCUCACUGUGGGCAGCCUGGGACUAGGCCUGAUAAUCAUCCAGCAUGGGCCCUAUCUCCAGAUCACCCACCUCAUCAAGAAGGGGGCUGCAGCCGGCGAUGGAAAACUCCAGCCAGGCGAUGUUCUGAUUAGUGUUGGCCAUGCCAAUGUGUUAGGAUAUACUCUUCGAGAACUCUUAAAGCUUUUGCAACAGAUCACCAUAGGAACAGUGCUACAAAUCAAGGUUUACCGAAAUUUUAUUGACAUACCCCAAGAAUGGCAAGAAAUAUAUGAUUUAAUCCCUGAGACCAAAUUCCCAGUAACACGCACAACAAAGAAAACUGAACUGGCAAAAGAAGACUCUUUCACAAGCAGCCAUGAAAAUGAAGAUGUAAUUUUAGAAAAAAAACUUACGUAUUAUAAAUAUCCACAGUCCACUGGGCAUCAACCUGCAAGGAGACCAAUGUCUAUCUCCAAAGAAUGGCAUGGAUACAGAAAGAAGAACCACACUCUUAGUGUGGGAAAAGACAUUAACUGUGGUGUGAUGGUUCAUAGAGAUCACAACAAAGAAGUGAGAGCCCCUGCUCCUUGCUGGACUAUGAUGAAGCAAGACAAUGAAAGCUCCUCCUCAUCCUCAGCCUCCUCGAUCUCAGACGCAUUUUGGCUGGAAGACUAUGCCCAAGUUGAAAAGAGCAAGAAGAAUCAACCUGUAUCAAAAGUCAGGCAGUAGUUUGCAAAUCUGUGAUCACAGGAGCCUUCUUGAGAACAUCCAAUUUUUGUGCAUUCCAUGUACAGGUUUGCUAUACUUACAGAAAUAUGUGCAGACUUACCAGUUGUCUUUUACAAAUGGUAAAGCCUCCAGAGCCCGUCUCCAAUGUGAUAUCCAAAGAAUUCCUUGGGUCUCACAGGUCUCACAAACCUUAUUCUCAAAACAGUAACACCAUUCAGAUCAUUAAGACCCUCCUUUCUGAAAAGGCCUUAUCUUUUAGAAAAUGCAGCCGAGGAACCCAAUAUCAGAAUGUGUGAACAUAAUAGAGAAUUUUACUUUUUAAGGUACUACAUUUUUAUUUAGUUAUUUAGUUUUUCUUGUUUUGUAAACUUUAAAUGCCCUACUUAAAACAAGAGAAAUUUUUUGGCUGGUUGUUCACAUUAGAAUUUUUUCCCCCCUUUUCAGCCCUACUUUUAUUUUGAAUGUUGGAUUGAUAAUUAUUGGAAAAAGACUGCAUAGAUAAACAGAUGGGGAGAAGGGAGCAAAUGAGAGACAGACAACUGUCACAGCAAAAUAAGUCAGACAUAUAAAAUAAAGCAGUGGGAAUAUAGGAUUUAACUAACAGGGAAUUAAUAUUUUUCAGAAAUUACUCCUAUUACAAAAAGAGGCAAAAAGGGGGGUAAAACCCAGAUCAUUUAAUUCCUUUUACUCAAGGACUGAUUUUUAACUGCUUUUAAAAAGCCGUUAAUGAUAAUCUGGAAGUAUUUA